CCACAACUCCAAGCUCAUGGACGAACACAGAGAAACGGACGACAUGUCUGAGAAGACGUCGCCCAACAAGAACCCCAAAUCUCCCCAGAAAGGCUCCAAGCGGCUCAAGACGGUCCCUUUCAAAGUGACCCUGCUGGAUUCCUCGGAGUUCGAAGGAGAAAUCGAGAAGCACUCCAAGGGACAGACCCUGAUGGACAUGGUGUGCGAGCACCUCAACCUGCUGGAGAAGGACUACUUCGGUCUGACCUUUGCCGACACGGACAGCCAGAAGAACUGGUUGGACCCCUCCAAAGAGAUCAAGAAGCAGAUGCGCAACUCCCCGUGGCACCUCGCCUUCUCCGUCAAGUUCUACCCUCCGGACCCCUCCCAGCUCACAGAGGAUAUCACCAGAUACUACCUGUGUCUGCAGCUGAGGGACGACAUGCUGUCAGGCCGCCUGCCGUGCUCCUUCGUCACUCACGCCCUGCUGGGCUCCUACACCGUUCAGGCCGAGCUGGGGGACUACGACCACGACGACCACGGCUCCGACUACGUCACCGACUUCCGAUUCGCCCCCAAUCAGACCCGCGAGCUGGAGGAGCGGGUGAUGGAGCUCCAUCGAAACUACAAGGGGAUGACUCCGGCUGAGGCCGAAAUUAACUUCUUGGAGAACGCAAAGAAAUUGUCGAUGUACGGAGUGGACCUCCAUCACGCCAAGGAUUCUGAAGGGAUUGAAAUCAUGCUGGGCGUCUGUGCCAACGGUCUGCUCAUUUACCGCGAUCGGCUGAGGAUCAACCGCUUCGCCUGGCCAAAGAUCCUCAAGAUCUCAUAUAAGAGGAGCAACUUCUACAUCAAGAUAAGACCCGGAGAGUACGAACAGUUCGAAAGCACCAUCGGCUUCAAGCUUCCCAACCACAGAGCUGCCAAGAGGCUGUGGAAGGUCUGCAUCGAGCAUCACACCUUCUUCCGCCUGGUGUGUCCGGAGCCGCCUCCCAAAGGCUUCCUGGUGAUGGGUUCCAAGUUCCGCUACAGCGGGAGGACGCAGGCUCAGACCCGGCAGGCCAGCGCUCUCAUCGACCGGCCCGCCCCGCACUUCGAGCGCUCCACCAGCAAGAGGUACCUGCUGUCCCGGAGCCUGGACGGAGAGUUCUCUCGGCCGGUGUCGUCCAUGUGCGAGAACCACGACGGCCUGUCCCACCGCAGCGUCAGCGAGCAGCGCCGCCUCCGCAGCCCGUCGGUGGACGAGCAGGAGACGGAGCUGGAGCCCAGCAUGGAGCAGGACGAGGAGGACCGGGACCUGGACCAGGACCAGGGCCAGGACCCGGACGCACACCUCAGCAGAGACCAGGACGGGAACGUGACUCCCAGCAGGAAGAAGGACAUCAUGGAGGAGGCUGGGUCACCAGUUGACAGUAAAUAUGAGUUGGACCAGGAGGCCACGCCUCGCCACAAACAGGAGUUCCUGGACAAGUCGCAGGACGUCUUGCUCAAGCACCAGGCGAGCAUCAACGAGCUGAAGCGAGCGCUGAGGGAGCCCAACAGCAAGCUGAUGAACCGCGAGAAGCGCCUGUCGGCGACCUCCCCGACGGGCACGCCCGAGAAAAAAGCUUUGGUGGGCCGAGCGGCAGGAAAGGAUCCCGUCAACAGCCUGACUGUUGAAGGUUUCGUCCAGAAGACUUUGGUGACUUCUCCUGAGGGCUCUGAGGAAUGGGUAUUGAUUGAAAAACAAGAGCCUUAUCAACAUGACCAUGACUGGAAGGCAGAAGAAAAGAACAAAUCUCUUGUAUCCGAUUCGUCAUGGGAGAAAAAGGUGCUGGAAAAAGAGGUGGACGUUACCAAGAUGAUACAUAAAGAGUUUACAGGGUAUGACCGAAAGGUAAUGAAAAGCCAUAUUGAUGAAAUUGCAUCAACAAGAUCGUCCAGAGAGGCAGACGGAGGCGCCGAGCCUCGGAGUUUUGUGGUUCAAUUAUCCGAGACUGCCGACUCGUUUCAAGAGAGAUCUCAGAGUAAACCGAUGCAAGCAUCAGACCCCGAGGCGAACAACGACGUGGCUCCAGGCUCACGCCAGAUGAAGGAACGCACUGCUUCAAAACCCAGGAAAAAGAGAAGACCCCAGAGCCUAAACCUGGGAAUGCCGGCAGAGCUCACCUACAGGAGAAGCAGUGAUUCAACAGAGGAAGAGAAUGAGGGCUCAGACUCAGACAACAGCCCGGAAAAAACUUCCAAAAGUGGAAAUCAUUGCGAGUCGCCCCCAGUGGUGAUGAUGAAAGAUGAUCAGGGAUUAGGAAAGGAUCAGUCUGUCAGGAGCUAUAAAGACAACAAACAAGAGGACACAGCUGGAGGAGAGAGCAGGGAGGUCUCUACUCAUGAAGCAGAGCAGGUGAAGAGGAAAGUGAUCUAUGUCGGGAAAGAAGAUAUCGAUUUAGGCUCAGUAAACGGACCUGGAAAGAUAGACCAUGAUAGUUCAUUAUCGGGUGUGAAGGGAGAGUGUGGAAUGAAGGUGCGAGGUAAGGGGCUUAUUGACAACAAAGAGCUAGCGGAGGUAAAACUUCGACAGGUCCGGACACACGAGAGAAGGAUCAGCAGCUCCGGUGGAGAGGAUGUGGAGGGCUUUCUGGGCGACAGAGGCCAGAGGACGUCCUUCCACCGACUGUCAGGCAGCGGGUACCAGUCGGAAAUCACCAGGAUCGUUCCUCUCAAGCCGGAGAGGUCGAAGAGCGUCGCGUGCAAGGACGAAAGGGACCGGACGGGACCGGACGAGCCUACCCGGGUCCUCAGAAGAGAGUACCGCUGGUCAGUCGGUUCUCCGGAGGCGUCGUCGGACCUCAACUGGACCGACGUCUCCUCCUUUCACCCGACGCUCGGAGCAGACCACGAGGCCAAACUAGAUCAUCCAGAGGACAGCUGGCAGUCCAGCAGAGGGUCCGCAGAUAGUCAGUCAUUCGGGCCAAAGAUUUCUGCACUUCCCAAAAUGGCUCCCCCUGCUCCGCCCGUGAAGACCCAGAAGGCGCGGGAGUCGGGGCUGAUACUGCGGAACAGCCGGAACGCUGGCAGGGAGCCGAGUCUGGACGCAGCCAAGAAGAGACUCUCGGAGCCCGUUUCCACUCCUGCCAUAUACGAAGAGCCGUUUGCAGAUUUCAAGAAGGAGCUCGGGGAGCGGAGGCCUCAGCCCGGCGCCGCCCUGGAGGAGGAGCAGGAGCGCGACACGCUGGCCUCCAUGAGGGAAAGCCACCUGGGCAUCGAGCGCAAGUGCUCCAGCAUGACGGUCAGCUCCACGUCCAGCCUGGAGGCCGAGGUGGACUUCACCGUCAUCACGGACCUCCACUCCGGCGUGGAGGACUUUGCUAAGGGCGGGUCGGAGCUGGGCGAGCGGGAGCGGCAGUCCGAGGUGGCCCGCGAAGACUUCGAGGAGACCUCCAGGUUCUACUCCGCACGGCUGAUGGGUUCCAGAGACAAGUCUCCCAUGGAGGACAAGCUUCCAGAGGAGGGACUGCUUUACGAGCCCCCCGUGGCAAAGAAAGACCCUGGAGCUGUGAGCAUGGCCCACCGGCUGAAGAGGGGCGACAGCAGGACGGAAACGCAAACCAACGGCUCGGAGGUCCACCCCCACGCACUGAAUGUCUCACCUCAGAACUGCGGCGCAGUCAGCCCGCGGGAGGCUCCAGCUGCCCUCAAAGAAAAUGGCUCCCCUGUAAGUAGCAGCGUCCAGGGGAGGGAGUCCGUCGUGUCGCCGCUGACCAUCACCGCUGAGAAUGUCACCUCGGCGACCACAACGCAAGUAACCAAGACUGUGAAAGGCGGCUACUCGGAAACCCGAAUCGAGAAAAGGAUUAUAAUCACAGGAGACGACGAUGUGGACCAACAUCAGGCGCUGGCCAUGGCGAUCCAGGAGGCCAAGCAGCAGCAUCCCGACAUGCUGGUGACGAAGGCGGUGGUUAUCAGGGAAACAGAGUCUCCCACCGAGGAGCUGCAGCACAAAGCUGAGUCGUGAUUGGACUCGGGUGGCUCCUGAGACGGGGCCGGGACAGGAGUGGACCCCCUCCACCCCCCUCUGGCCCCGCCCCGCCCUGCAGAACGCCACCAGCGCCCGAAAGAGGACUCUCUUACCCCCCACUGUGUACACACGCCCGACACGAGGACAGAGCCUUCACCCCGUCACCCGCCCGCCACCUGACCUCUGCCCCUCCCCUCCCCCUCCCCCCACCGGCCAGACCCAGCCAGCCUCCACCCGGACGAUCCAUCGCUUCACAUAAUUUAAUAAUCUAACACAUCCCGACUCAUCCACGAGUCUCACAGAUUACUACUUUAUAUUUAAAGGCCACUACUGAAAUAUAUCAGCUAAAGGGGGCGGGGCUCGGACCGGGGGUUUGGAGGGUGGGGAGGUGCUAAGUGGCAGGAAGCAGCCUUUUCUUUGCUCGGCGCUGCCACCUGGUGGCCUCCAGUCACACCUCCAGUAUAAUCAACUGCUGUCUUAUUAGCUUUUUACAUUUUUAUCUAUAGAGGAUCUAAUUUAUGUUCAGUGUUUGCUUGUUUAUGAAAUAUGUAUAUUAUCAGAUGAUUAUAAUCUGCAUGACUCAAUU